AUGACGUGGGCAACAUCAGCCGCGCGCUGCUUCUCCCGACGCUCACGGCUGGCGCGGUUGACGCGAUGCUUCUCCUCCCCCUCCAAGACUGAAUGGGAACACAACACGCCCUCCCCGAGCCAGUUUGGGACGUAUGCCGUCCUCUCGUCCAAGUCCGCGAUGGAGGUGUACCCUCCGCCACGACCUGUGCCCGAGUCGAUUCCACGCCCAGCGUAUGUGCCGGCCAACUUCUUUACCGCGCCUAUAUGGGAACAUUUACCCGGAGGGGAGGAGGUGGGCAAUGAGGGUAUUACGCUGGGGAGCAGGGAAGAGGACGGUGUACGUGCGGCUGCGCGGAUGGCUGGGGAGGUGUUGCGAGCUGUUGGGCAGAUCGUUGAGCCGGGCAUGACUACUGAUGACAUCGAUGCCGUUGUGCACGAAAUGGCUGUCAAGCGUGGCGCGUAUCCUUCCCCAUUGGGAUACUCGCACUUCCCACGAAGUUGCACGACGAGCGUCAACAACAUUAUUGCUCAUGGCAUCCCGGAUAGCCGGCCCCUCCUCGCCACGGACAUUGUCAACGUCGACAUCACGCUCUACUACAACGGUUUCCAUGGGGAUACGUCCGCGACAUUCGUCCUCCCAGCCGCCGAUGCUGCUGGGCGCGAGCUCGUACGCGUCACCCGCGAGGCGCUUGAGCUGGGCAUCUCCGUAUGCGGGCCGGGAAAGAGUUACGCUGGUAUCGGGAAAGUUAUUGAGGAACACGCACGUAAGCAUGGUAUGAGCGUCAAUACGCAGUUUGUGGGACACGGCAUUGGGCGCAAGUUUCACGCGUACCCGCACAUCCUGCACCACAAAAACCACGAGCGCGGACUCAUGAAGUCAGGGGACUGCUUUACCAUCGAACCGCCACUUGUUCAGGGCACGCGGCCGCGAGGUGGCGUUUGGGACGAUGGGUGGACCGUCGCGACAGACACUGGGGCGCGGUCAGCGCAGUUUGAGCAUCAGAUCCUCAUCACCGAGACGGGGGCUGAUGUGCUCACGCGCGUCGAUUAG